AUGGCUGCUCGGCUGCUGCCCCUGCUCCCGCUGCUGCUCUUGCUGGGCCGGGGGCCCCCGGGGGCCCUGGGCAACCGGCACGCCGUGCACUGGAACAGCUCCAACCUGCACCUGCGGCGGGAGGGCUACACAGUGCAGGUGAACGUCAACGACUACCUGGACAUCUACUGCCCGCACUACAACGCCUCGGUGCCCGAGCACAGGCUGGAGCAGUACGUGCUGUACAUGGUGAACGCGGAGGGCUACCGCACCUGCAACACCAGCCAGGGCUUCAAGCGCUGGGAGUGCAACCGGCCCCACGCGCCCCACAGCCCCAUCAAGUUCUCGGAGAAGUUCCAGCGCUACAGCGCCUUCUCGCUGGGCUACGAGUUCCGCGCGGGGCAGGAGUACUACUACAUCUCCACACCGACACACAACCACCGCCGGGCCUGCCUGAAGAUGAAGGUGUUCGUGUGCUGUGCCUCCACGUCGCACUCUGGGGAGAAGCUGGCGCCCACCCUGCCGCAGUUCACCCUGCGGCCCGAGGUGAAGAUUGAGGACCUGGAAAACUUCAACCCGGAGAUCCCCAAGCUGGAGAAGAGCAUCAGCGGCACCAGCCCCAAGCGGGAACACUUGCCCCUGGCUGUGGCUGCCGCCCUCUUCCUAAUGACGCUGCUGGCCUCCUAGCUCUGAGCGCGGCGGGGGCCCGGCCAGAGCAGCACCGCGGAGCGGGGACCCCUCGUCCCCCCGACCUGCUGCUGUUUGCCAGGAUGGAGCUGCCCCGGGAGCUGCGCCCAGCCCCUCUGCACCGUCAGCGCCUCCAGCCCAGGGACCCUUCCCGUGCGGGGCAGGGGAUGGUGGCACGUGCCCGGCCCCGCUGGGACCUGCAUG